AUGGGUGUGACGACUAGCAACCGCAAACGCUCAGAGGAAUGCAUGUCCGUCAAUCACAAUCACACAAUCGCUCCUCCGUCUUCAGAUUACCGCAGAAAGAGACUCAAAUUCUCAUCCGAAUCGACGCUAAUCGUUUCAACUUCGUACGCCGCCGUUUCGAGGAUUUCUCGUUAUCCCGACGUCAAACCGCCGUUCGUUCGUGAAGUUCACGCGCCGUGCAGACCUAACAAAUUCAACCUUGCUAGAAAGUUAUCGAGCUUGGGCGACGAUAUCAUGGGGAAUUUUCUGGUGAGGAAUUAUGAAAAGGCGAAGCGUGCUGCAUUGGGGGAAUGCAGAUUUGUGUCUCAGAGGGAGAAGGUGGUGAUCGAUUUGGAUGUAGAGAGUAGCGGUAGGGAGGUUUCGGAUGAUUCCGGUGUGAUGGAGGUGAUUGAAGUGGAUGAUUCGGAGGUUAAGGUUGGGGGUUUGGAGGCUAAGGUGGUUGAAGUUGGUGGUCAGCGGAGGUCAACGUCGUCGCCGGACUCGGCUUUGACUAAUGCUAUUGUGAACUUAGAGGAGCAUGAUCUUUCGAACGUUCAUGUUUAUAAGAAGUUGCUUGAGGGUGUUCAAAGAAGAACGGACACGAUUCAGAGUCUGAAUUUUCAAAUUGAGCUGAAUGAGAAGCGCAGGGAGACGUUUCAAUUGUUGCGUCCUAAGAAGGAUUUGGUUGAGGAAGUCCCGUUUGAGCCUUUUGUCCCUCUAACAGAUGAUGAAGAACAUGAGGUUUCUUGUGCGUUUUCUACCAACAGGAAGAAAAUAUUGGUUGCUCAUGAGAGUUCUAAUAUUGAGUUAUCGGGAGAAAAGAUCCGGUGCCUUCUCCCAGGUGCAUGGUUAAAUGAUGAGGUGAUAAAUUUGUACCUUGAGUUGUUGAAAGAGAGGGAGCGGAGAGAACCAAAGAUGUUUUUGAAAUGUCAUUUUUUCAACACAUUUUUCUACAAAAAGUUAAUAAGUGGCAGGGAUGGAUAUGAUUACAAAUCUGUCAGAAGAUGGACAAGUCAAAGGAAAUUGGGAUACAACCUGUUCGAUUGUGAUAAAAUAUUUGUACCCAUCCAUCAAGAAAUCCACUGGUGCCUGGCGGUUAUCAAUAAAAAAGAUGCAAAAUUCCAGUAUCUUGACUCGUUGAAAGGAAAGGAUAACCGUGUGCUAAAAGUGCUGGCUAGAUACUUCGUAGAUGAAGUAAAGGACAAAACUGGGAAAGAUAUUGAUGUAAGCACGUGGGAGAAAGAAUUUGUGAAUGACCUUCCUGAGCAGGAAAAUGGGUAUGAUUGUGGGGUGUUUAUGAUCAAAUAUGCUGACUUUUAUAGCAGAGGCUUGGGGCUAUGUUUUAAUCAGGAACACAUGUCUUACUUUCGGCGCAGGACAGCUAAAGAGGUAUUGAGAUUGAGAGCUGACUAA